AUGACGGACAGACGGGUCUCCUACUUCUACAAUGCAGACGUGGGUAACUUCCACUAUGGAGCCGGUCACCCGAUGAAGCCUCAGCGCCUGGCGGUAACACACAGCCUGGUGAUGAACUAUGGCCUGGACAAGAAGAUGAAGAUCUACAGGCCGUACAAGGCCAGCGCCCAGGACAUGCUGCGCUUCCACAGCGACGAGUACAUAGCCUACCUUCAGCAGGUGACUCCGCAGAACAUUCAGUGCAAUUCCGUGGCCUAUACCAAGUAUCUUGCCCACUUUAGCGUUGGCGAGGACUGUCCCGUGUUCGAUGGCCUCUUCGACUUCUGCGCUAUGUACACGGGCGCUUCGCUGGAGGGAGCCCAGAAGCUGAAUCAUAAUCACAGUGACAUCUGCAUCAAUUGGUCUGGCGGACUGCACCAUGCCAAGAAAUUCGAGGCGAGCGGCUUCUGCUACGUGAACGACAUCGUGAUUGGCAUCCUAGAGCUGCUCAAGUAUCAUCCGAGAGUGCUAUACAUCGAUAUUGACGUGCACCACGGCGAUGGAGUCCAGGAAGCCUUCUACCUCACGGAUCGAGUAAUGACUGCCUCGUUCCACAAAUACGGCAAUUACUUCUUCCCGGGAACGGGAGACAUGUAUGAGAUUGGCGCGGAAUCGGGUCGAUACUACAGUGUCAAUGUACCACUCAAGGAAGGCAUCGAUGAUCAGAGUUACUUCCAGGUUUUCAAGCCCAUAAUCUCGGCUAUAAUGGACUUCUACCGGCCAACGGCCAUUGUCCUACAGUGUGGUGCAGAUUCGCUGGCCGGAGAUAGACUUGGUUGCUUCUCUUUGAGCACAAAAGGACAUGGGGAAUGUGUCAAGUUCGUGAAGGAGCUAAAUGUUCCCACCCUGGUCGUUGGAGGCGGCGGCUAUACCCUACGUAACGUGGCACGCUGCUGGACGCACGAAACGUCGCUGCUGGUGGAUCAGGAUAUAGAGAACGACCUGCCUGCCACAGAGUAUUAUGACUUCUUCGCCCCCGACUUCACCCUCCAUCCAGAGAUUAACUCCCGCCAGGAUAAUGCAAAUUCCAAGCAGUAUCUUGAGCUCAUCGUGAAACACGUUUAUGAAAACCUCAAGAUGUGCCAGCACUCGCCCAGCGUUCAAAUGGUACAAACUCCGCCUGAUGUGGACUUGGAGGAGCUUCGCAAUAACAGGGAGGAGGCCGCCGAUCCCGAUGUGCGCAUGUCCCAGGCCGAUGAGGAUAAGAUGGUGGACGCCAAGAACGAGUUCUACGAUGGCGACCAGGACCAGGACAAGCCUGAUUCGGCGGAGAGUUAGAUUACGUUUAGGUAUACUAAGGAUUUGUGUUAAGUGUAAUCGGUAAAUAAGAGCAGACGGUUAGAUUUUAACUUAA